AUGAGUUUGCCCAAGCCGCCGACGUCGCUAGACAGUUCGUGCUCCGUCAUCUACGAGAACAUCCUUUACUCUUUCACGCCCGAGGCCUUCUUGUCCCUAUCUUUAGAAGAAGAUGCAAAAUGGAAGAAGCUGGAGAUAGGAGAGAAGGUUUCGGGGGCCGUCUGUGUUGGGGUGACCCCGGGUGAUGCCGCUCAGGCCGGCCUCUUCGUCGUCGGCGGAACCGGCGGCUCGGAUGGCUAUACCGGGUUGCAAAAGUACACCUACUCGACCGGCAAGUGGACUACCAUCACCCCCUCUGAGUUGAUCACCAAAGAUCGUCAGUGGCAUAGCUCGACGUACAUCAAGGCCAACGAUGCCAUCCUCAUCUACGCCGGCAGCCGAGAAGGAGUCCCGGCCCCCUCGGGCGAAACCUUCACCAUCCAGGCAUCCGAGCCCUACAUCGUUAACUCCCAUGGCCCUAGGUCUAGCUCGGGUGUCAAGCCUAUCCUCCUCAGUUGGUCUGAUGCCGAUGCUUGCUUGGUCGACGGCGACACUGGAAAUAUCAGCGUUGCCUUGUUCAAUCCGACUACAGGCUGGAGGGAAUCGGGAGCCACCUUGGCGGAACCCCUGUCGAAGGACUCGAGUUCCAUUCAGGCGGUUGUGAUGCCUGGGGAUGAUGGUUCUAAGAGCCUCUACACCUUCGAUCUCUCACAAUCCCCCAACCUGGUCCGCCGAUUUGUUCUCCAGAACGCCUCCGGUGCACCCCUUUCCAACUCGGCCGCCGUCACCAAUGAGAAGCGCGAUCUGUCCCUGGACGACUGGCCAGAGUACAACUCGACGCUUGCACCAACCGCUACGCGACAGAAUUUUGCCGUUGCCCAAGGCGCAGACGGCAAGGUUGUCUUCUCUGGUGGUAAUUCCGAAGAGCCUCUUGCUAUCUUCGAUGCAACUAAGAACUCGUGGCUCAAUGCCACCGAGGUGUUCGAGGUCGAGAAGCAAAACUUUCUGCCCGAGAGCAUAUUAGCAUCUUCGGCUUUCUCAGCUACCGAGACAACCAGCUCGACCAAGUCGACCAAGUCAACUUUUACCAAGACGAGGUCGUCAACCUCAGAGACCUCGGAGGUCUCGUCGACCUUUGCGACCUCGACUAUCUUGUUACCAGGCAGCUCAACUACUUCUCUGACAAUAUCCGAGGCCAGCGCGUCGGACACGACGGAUGCUACAGGUGCGGCCGCUGGCAGCAGUGACGAUGAUUCCGGUCUCAGCUCCAAUGCCAUCCUGGGUAUCACACUUGGAUCGAUCCUCGGAUUCUUGGCCUUGCUUGGUCUGCUGCUGUUGCUCUUGGUGCGGCGACGCAAGGCUAGCAGAAACAGUAUGGAGGCUAGCAGCGCCAGGGACUUUCCCUCCGAUGAGAAGGACCCGAUGGCCUUUGGCAACGGCCCACGCCAGCCGCUCUCACCCGAUCAUUUCCGCGGCCAUAACGCCACGCUGUCUCAGGAAUCCUACUCAUCCAUGGCUAUUUUAAUAGGUCGCGCCGGGAAGCAGAAGACCAGCCUGACGCGGAGGCCUAGCAAUGAUACGACUCGAAGCUCCGGCAGCUCUUUGCACAAGCAGCUGAAGGCCACCAUCAGCAAGCCCAUUCUGCAGGAGAUGCAGCACCCUGCUCUGCAGGAAUACGACAUCAGGGGCGUUGCUUUCGACCCGACCGUCGCAGAGCCCCGACCCCGUGUGGGACCCAUGGAAGCCCAGGACAGCAUGCGGAGGAGCUCUGGAUGGAACCGAUACUGGUCCGGCGGCAGCGCAUUGCAGAUCCUCGGCUUCGGUGGUUCCAAGAGGACAACCGUUGGCUCUGAGCGGAGCUCCCGUUACUCCGAGUCUACGCACCAUCGUAACACGAGGGCCAGGCAGGACUCGGCAACUGUUCCACCGCUGAACUUUGACUUCCGCCCCGAGGUCAACCGCGUCAAUUCCGGCAGCCCUGUUGUGGCAGAGUACAGCAAGAUCGCCUUCAAUAAUAGAGUAGCCGGCAAGGUCGAAUGCCACCCUUCGAGGAUAUCGUCGUGGGACUACUCCAGCUGCAUCCCGGAGACCGUUAACGAAGCCUGGGACUCUACCUUCAGCUCGAAGCCCUGGGGUGCUGACUGUACGCCCAGCAGCGCGUACAACCCCAGCUUCUCCUUCAGAACGCCGCUCUCCCCAAGCGUCACGAGCCCGCGGAAUCCCCCUACAGGUGUGAGCAGCCAGCCUCAGCUUGCAAUAGCCUCGACAUCGUCAGAUAUAAGCUGGCUGAAUCUCGGUGACCGGUCGGGGGAGAAAAUUUAG